AUGUCGUCGACCUAUGACCGCCACUUCCCGCCUCUCACCAAGGCGCUGGAGUUGCCCGAGUUCGACUUCGAAAAAGGGGACUUGCCCUUAACAGCUGCGGAGCUAGAUAGAAUUUUGGCAACGACCCCAAUUGAUGAUCCUUCCAAAUUAGAUGGGACGUCCCACGAACGCCUGGAGGCUUUCAAGAACCUCACGAUCAAGAUGGAUAAAUUGGAACUAGAAUCCCAGGUAGGCCAAGCA